AUGGCAGACAUUAGAAUGCAGCCUGGGGAGACUUUCAAGAAAGUUCGCAUCAAGAAGGGCCCACAUUACGAGGAAAGCGAAGUUGGAACAUGGCCGCCGCCGCUCGGCCUCGCGCCCACGCCCGCGCUCGCGCUCGCGGUCGCCAGCGCACCCGCCGGCGGCGCCAGCGCCGCCCUCUCCGGCGGCCCCGCCAGCCCCGCCCACGCCGCCAGCGCCGCCGACGCCGCCGCGGGCAACGCCCAGCGAGCGGCCGCCCUGCCGCAGCAGCGCCCGCCGCAGGUCCCCGCCGUCAUCGCCCUCGCGCGCGCGCCCGCGCUCGCGCUCGCCGCCGCGGCCGCCAGCGCCGCGGGGGUCGACCAGCGAGCUGCCGCCGCGCCCCGCAGAGGGCCAGCGUUCGCCGGCGCCGCCACUGCCGCCGGCGCCGCGGGCUUCGUCCCGCCCAGCGGAGGGCCAGCGUUCGCCGGCGCCGCCGCGGCCGCCGCGGGCGUCGUCUGGCGAGCGGCCGCCGCGCCCCGCGGAGGGCCAGCGAUCGAGAAGCGCAAGCAUGGCUACGUCGCAGUGGUGAAGGAGACAGGCAAGGCAGCCUCUGCGGAGGCGGCAGGGAAUCUCAAGCAGCAGCGUCAGCAAGAGGUCGAGUUCAUGGAGCGCACCCAGAAGCAGAAGCGAAGGGCGCUCACCGAGAAGGAGGCGAAGGAUAAGAGGGAGCUGGCAGCAGCAGUGGAGGCAGCGCGGGCACGCGCGAAGGCUGGCGGCAGCGCGCAGCGGAUCGAGUCGCUCAUGGACUCGGUGCCCAUCGCCCCCGCGGCGCACGUCGGGGCGGUGGGCAGCAAAGAUAUCCCAGAGCACCUGGACUACAAGGGCUCGGAGGCGCUGGUCUCGCCGCCCCAGCAGAGCGCGCGAGCGGAGCGUGCAGCGCGCCCUCAUCUUGCCGCGCGGUCAUUGCGGCGCCUCGCUGCGAAGAAGGUGCAGGUCGUCGGGCGGAGGCUGCUUGACGAGGACUGGUCACCAGGGCCGAUCGACAUCAAGGAUAUGGUAGCGAUCACACGGAGGAUGCUCGACUACGCGUUGUGUUCCGAGCCUUUCCAGCGCAUUCUGAAGGAGGUGGUGUCGGACCAGACGGGCCCAGGUGCGAGGAGCCAUGGGUUUGAGCGCGCCCGCUGCAAGGACCUGCCCAACGAGCGCAGGGUCGCAGACGGCGAGAUGGAGGACCUGUUCGGCGGCAACGAGACCAGCGAGGACGUCGGGGAGGCCGGCGGCCACGGCGAGCAGGAGGCCGCGCAGAAGGUCAAGCGCACGGCCGAGACGGUCUUCGAUUUCCCAGCGGGUCAGCGCGACGCGACCUGGCAGCUCGAGAUCGAGCAGGCGCCGCGGGGGGGCCGUCGUUCCUGGAGGUCACCACCCGACUGCAUCAAAGGAACGGCGUCCGUCCAGUUCGACCCGUUCGGCGUCUGCGUGUUAGGCGCGGAUUUCGGAGCGUGGGUUCGCGCUGCCGAGCAGCGCUACGUGGGCGUGUUAAAGGUCGAGCCCACGGCCGCGAGCGGGUCGAUUCCCAGCGGCGGCAUCGUCGAGAUGACAGGCAAGCAGAAGCGCGAGUGGAGGGCGGCCUUGCGCGGGAUCAGCGGCUUGAGCCCCGCGCAGUUUCAGCGCCUCGGAAUCGCAGCCGCGGCCGCUGCAAGGGCGGGCGAGCGCGCGGAGCUGGGGCGCGUCAACGAGGCCAAGAUGGACGAAUGGGCCGCGCCCAACAUGUUCGAGCACGCGGACGCGAAGGGCGCGAGGGAGGAGCUCCUCGACAUCUUCGCGAAGGUGGAGAGCACGGGCGCGUGGCCUCGGCAGCUCCUGGCCACGCUUGUCGGCCUCCUUCGCGAAGACGCCAGGGGCGAUCGAGCGAUAGGGCCGCUGUCGGAGGCGAUGGAGAUCUGGCCCAAUAUCAGGAGCGAGUGCACCGUCGAUUGCGCGAAGCACGUAGCAGGCAGGCGGGGCGCCGCGGUGGCGGGCGACAGCGCUCUCGAGGAGGCUUUGUUUCGUUCGUCCGCCGACGAGGUACUGGAGCGGACGCCCGCGCGGGCAUGCGCUGUCGCCGCGCUGAGGGACCUAGCCGAGUUCUACGACGCGUUUGAGCCCAUCCCCAUCAUGGACGAGGCGCCGCUCAGACUUGGGCCCCCCUGUCCGCACUUUGCGCUUGGAGAUGCUGAGUCGCUGGGGCGCUCGGCUCGUCAGAGAGGGGGCGGCGCGCGCGGGGCCCAUCGCUCCCGGUCGAUCGAUUUGCGCCGGUGCUCGUCGAGGCAUCGACUUCGGCAGGGUGGCGCUCUACGCGACGCGACGCUGGAGAAGGCCGGCAGCAGGUGCCUGCAGGUGUUAGCGCGCUCGCGGGUGGGCGACGUCACGACGAGGAUCGAGGGCUCGCGGUUCGAGUUGGCCAAGCAGCUCGCAGCGCCCGGCGUUGACUUCGCGACGGGCGCCAGGCAGGCCAAGCUCGCGCCGUCGAGCAAGUCUGCCCCGAUCGACAACGACACGGGCGCGGCGAAGGAGGUGUCGCUCAAACUGAGGGCGCGCAACAUCACGGUCAGGGCGAAGAGCCAGGCGCCCGUCUUGGGCAUCGACAGGGGCCGCAGAAUUUGCGGCGGCAAGCGCGCCGAGCGCGCUGCUCGCGCUGGUCGGCAGGCGGCGAAGGCUUUGAAGAUGGCGCGAAGCGGAAGGAGAGCCAGAGACGGAGCAAAGCAGGCCGUGCAGCGAGGGCCCUUGCCUCGGGCGGCCUGCGCCUGCAAGGUCGGCAUGGCCCCGAGCACGGGCGCGAAGUGGAGGCGCAGGCUCGCAUCGAUGGUGGCCCCUCGAUUUAGGGGCCGCUUCCUUACGACGCUGCUGCAGCUGGAAAUCGGGUCGGGCGGCCCCGCGUUCGGUUCGGUCUUCGCGAUGCUAGAGCCGGACACGGACGCGGCACGCCCGCGCGCCUUGGAGGAUCCGCUGUGUGGCGUCGACGAGGGCGACAUUGGUGCUGUAGCCUCUGGCAUGCAGGACGGGACCAUCCAGAUCGGGUCGCUAUCGGCUGGCCAGGGAGUCGAGAGCAGCACGAGCAGCGGCAGACAAGCUCACCCUCGGAGCGCGGGGCGAAGUGAUCCGACCAUGUCGAAGCUCUUGCGGGAGACCGCUGGAGGCCGCAACCAGGGAUUCGGCCAGAGCGGGUUGCUUCCAGAAGGCGCGGCCCGCGGUCGAAUGGGGCCCGCGGACUCGAUCGCCGAGAUCAAGCUCGAAGCCGACGGCGGGGGGUCGAGCAACGCGCAGAAUUCGCCGCGCAUGCGGAUGGAGAAGCAGGAGAUGGAUAGGCCCGAGCUGUCCCGCCAGCAUGUGUCCGUCAGGGAGAUCAGGUUCUCGCAGGACAGCAUCGGGGCGACGUUCCGGGACGGCCGCCCCCUGCAGGAGCUGGUCGACGACCUGCUCAGCGGGGCGGCGGAUCCUCUGCGGGACAGGUUUCUCGAGCUGGAGGUGAUCAACAUCCAGGGCGUGCGGUAUUCCAAGAACAACAGGAGGCUGAAGUGCCUGAAGCUCUACCAGGAGCGGGCUCGCCACGAGGUCACGGUGGCGAUCCAGGAAACCAUCGUGCCGGACGAGUACGCGAAGCUGAUGAUGGACUUCGCCACGCGGUUCACGAGCCAGUGCGGCGGGAGGCAUGUGGCCGUGCGGAGGGUCCCCCCCGUGAAGGGCGACUUCCACAAGCGGGUCAUGGCCGCGCGGGUCCGGCAGGGCCGCUCGCAGAUAUCCUGCGGCUCCCGAGAGGCACCAGCGGGCACAAGCGAGCCGAAGCAGGUGCAGGCGCCGAUCGGGCAACGGGCGGGGCUCGCCAGGAGCGAAUUGGGCACGAAAGGUCAGGCCACUUUCGCCUGGCUUGGAUCCUGCCCGAGGUGCCCCGAGUCUGUCUGCGGCUCCCUCGUGUGCGGAGAGGUGCACUGCCCCCCGGCGCCAGCGUGCCCGCAGUGCCCCGCGUGCCCAGGCUGCCCCGGGGCCCCCGAGCCAGCCUGCACCACCCCUGCGGCAGCGCCGCCGUGGCUCCCUGGCUGGCUCGCGUCCGCUGGACUCCUGCUGCUGGGCGCGGCCGGAGGAGCUGUGGUGCCUGCCCUCGCGCUGGGCACCUGGCAGGUGUUGCGCUGGCUGACGGGCGAGGCGCUGUACCACCAGCGGCGCGUUGUCGGGGUGCUGGCCUCCUCGGCGACUCAAGUGACUGACGCCGACGAGGUCAUCGGCGUCUCGCCGGAUGGCGACCCCGAGCAAAUCGACCUCUCCGGGGCCUCGCGGGACAUCGAGGCCUGGCGCUGGUCGGAGGUCUUCCGUCCUCCCCCGCCUGGUAUCCCGCGAGGUCAGGUGUACCGCUUCCAGCAGGAGCCCGACGCCGCCGCCCUCGCCACGAUGCGCGCGGACGCCGAGGCGUUCUGCGACGCCGCCUUCCUCGCUCGCGAGCGGGCGGCAGGGCAGCCAGCGGUGCUCCCGGCGACGGGCAGCCUGGUCGACGCCGUGUGGCCCGCGCCCGCGGCGCCAGCCGCGGCCGCCGCUGCGGCCCCCGCAGCCCCCGGGCUGCCGCUGGCGCUCCCUGGGAUGGCGCCCCCCCCGGGCCCUCCGGCCCUGGGCGCCCCCGCCGCGGCCGCCGCCCCGCUGGCCCUGCUCGGAGCACCCCCAGCCGCGCUGCCUGGCGCUGCUCCACCGGGGGCGGUGGUGGCGGCCCCGCUGGCCGCCGCGGCGCCUGGAGCCGCCGCCCCGGCCGCAUUCCCCGCAGCCAUGGCUGCUGGCGCCCCUGCAGCUGGGGCCCCGCUGGCCGCAGGACUGGGCAUGGUGGCAGCGGCACCCUACCCGGUGAUGGUCACGGUUGAGACGACGACGUACGGCCCGCGUGGGACUCCUGUGGCUCCGAACGGCACGGAGGUCAUGUCUGGCGACGUCGGCAUCCACACGGCUCCUGGCUAUGGUGGCUGGUUGGUUCGUACGAUUCGCUCCGACCAGGUGCAGGAUUUCAAGGGCCUCGAGGCAGCGGGUGACGCCCGCCUCCUCAGCGUGAUCGCGGUGAAUGGUCAACGCUCCCGUCGAGCCUGGCGUGACGUGGCCAGCUCGCUAUCCGAGAUCGCCUUCCCCGACUGGGCGAUAGAGGGCCCCCGCGCCACCCUUUGGUGCUGCCGAUGGAUCGACCGUCGGGGCGGGGGCCCUCUCGACCACCACCGCUUCUUCGUGAUGGUCCACCGCCUCCACAAGGACAGCUGGGGUGUCCCGAUGCACGAGUUCGGGAUGAAGGCCCUCGAGACCCUCGGCGCCUACGACUCGCUCGACCUGCCGAAAGUCGCGGGGAUCGAGUCGCUGAUGCGCGAAGUGCAGCUGGUCGAGUAUGCGUAUGCCAAGCACGACGGGUUUGCUGGGGCCAGCACCGAGGUGGCCGACGGCGACCUGAAUGCCAAGAAGAAGGGCCGUGGCCGUGGCCGCGGACGAGGAGGCGCCGCGGGCGCCUUCGGCUACCUGGACGAGCACACCGCCUUCCGGGGGCAGCGUGAGACGGGAGACGCCAUGGUGUGUCCCGCCCUGGUCGAGUGGGUUGGCAAGCAAGUCGAACGCGAUGCCAACAUUUUAAAGCAGGUAUUACAUACAGAGUACGUUGACAACUUCGUUGCCCUUGGCCUCUCGAAGGACCCCACGUAUGCCGUGACUGACUCCGUCGAUCGCAGUCUCCGAGACGCUGGGUUUCGCACCCGCGGUCCGACGGUGUCGGCUGGAGGGGGUGUUCUCGGUUGGACCUUCGACCAGGACGCCCCGACGAUCGGGAUCAGUCACCGCAUAGGCUGGCGAAUACGACUAGGGUGUCUGGCUGUCGCGGACAUGAAGUACGCCUCGGGGGAUCUUGUCAGGGUCGUCGUGUCACACUUCACGUCUCGGGCUCUGCUGCGCCGUGAAUUACUCUCAUGUCUGCAGGCUUCGUAUUCUUUCAUCGAGUCGUCCGGCCACCACACGCGUGUUCUCUGGAGCUCAGUCAAACGGGAGCUUCGUUGGUGUGCCGCGCUGAUCGCACUCGCUUUCCGCGACGUCAAUGCCGCCUGGUCCCCCAUGGUCUACUGCACCGACGCGUCCUGGUGGGGCGCAGGGGUCGUCAGGGGCAUCCGCAGCGUCCAGGAAGUCCAGCACGUGGGCCACUAUACGGAGCGCUUGCGUUACUCAGCGGCCCACGAGGCCAUCCUCAAGCCACGGGACUCGGCUCUGAAGUGUUCGGUCAGCGGCGGGGUCACCGCCUCCCCCCAGGACUCCGAGAUCCCGAAGGCCCCCUUCCCCGAGGUCCCAGAGUCGGUCUACGGCGGCGACUGGUCCCUCGUUAUGUCCCAGAAGUGGUCCCGCAAGGAGGCCCAGGUUGUCUUGGAGGCUCGGUCGCUCGUGCUCACCGUGAAGAACAUAGUUCGGAACACUCAGAACUUCGGUUGCAAGCACCUGGAGCUUUCCGAUUCAAUGCUGCGCCGAAUCCAGUUGCAGCACUCGGGCCCGCGGGGCUCGAGGUCCUCCGAGAUGGCUUCCUCGGCGACAGCCGUGACGGCGGGCCCGCAGCUGGUGCCGUGCCCCCUGGGCGCCCACGCCGGGGGCCUGCCCCGUGCGGAGGUGGCGCCCAACCUCCCGGCGCCCUCCUCGCGGCGCCCAUGCCGCGAGCGGGUGCCCCACGGCCCCGGCGCUCAGGAGGCGAGGGCCGCCAAGCGGGCGAGGGCCAUCCCCGCUGCCGCAGAGGCCCCACCGCCGCCAGGCGCCCCGACCUUCCUCGAGCUGCAGAGCGUCUCGCCGAAGGCCGCCCAGGACUACCAGACGUACGCGACGGCGUUCUACCAGUGGGGCCAGGAGCGCCACCUGCUCAGCGACAUCGCGACCUCGCUGAGGUCGGCGCCGGCGAUCGACCUAGCCCUCGUGACGUACAUGCACGAGAAGUUCUUCGCAGGCGAGCUCUCCUACGUGCCGACGAAGCUGAUCGCGGGUCUCCGCUACUUCUGGACAUACCCCAACGGUGCGCCCCUCGAGCUGCCCCGCAGCUUUCGCGCCUUGACGGGCUGGAAGCGCAUGGUGCCCGCCCAGAGCCGCCUGCCGUACCCCUGGGUGAUGGAGGCAUUGGCCAGCAUCAUCACCUUCACGUUCUACCUGCGCCCCAGCGAGUGCCUGCGUCUGCAGGGGAAGCUGAUCACAGCUCCUGCCCAGGCGCCUCGCCGUGUGCAGGACGGCCAGGGCCAGAUGCGGCCCCUCCUCCUGCACCCGCAAGAGGGCGGCGCCACGUCCAAGACGGGCCGCGUGGACGAGAGCCUGCUAGCGGACAACCCCCUGUUCCCGUGGUUGCCGCAGGUGCUGGGCCUCCCGAAGGCCAAGUUCCCCCACUCGCUGGUCUUCAACUUCGGCCAGGCGCAGUGGGGCCGGGCCUUGAAGGGCGCGGCGUCCGCUUGCGGGCUCACUGCCCUGGGCGACCCGUGUCUGCACCGCCUCCGCCACGGAGGGGUGUCGCACGACCUCCUCUUCAAGGCUCGCACUCUCCUGAGCGCCAAGAAGCGCGGCCGCUGGGCCAGCGACCGCAGCCUGGCCCGCUACGAGCGGGGCGGGCGCAUCAACGAGCAGCUGAGCCUCUUGUCCCAGGACAUCCUCAUCGCCGCCGACCUGGCGGCCUCGAACAUUGGCCAGCGGGGCGUCCCCGCGGCCCUCGAGAUCUUCGCUGGCUCCGGGCACCUGUCUGAGGUUUGGCGCCGAUCCAUGAGGUCGGCUGGCCACCCUGUUUUCGAGAUCGACAUACGGCACGGGGUUGAGCAUGACAUGUGCAGUAAGGCCCUGGUCAAGCUUAUUCGGGGCUGGGUCCGAGGUGGGCUCGUGACGGCCGUGUUCAUGGGUACGCCGUGUAAUUCCUUCUCUCUUGCACGGAACCGCCCUAACGGUCCCCCGACCCUCAGGACGUCCGAGUACCCCGAGGGCCUCCCCAAGCUCUCAGACAGCUGCCGCAAAGAAUUUCAGUAUCUUCCGUGA